UCAGGUGGGUCUUAGAUGAGACUAGACAAGGUGUGUGUUUGUGUGGUGAGUUCUUUGAACUGGUGCAGAUGGUGAUGGGUGACAGCUGGUGGUGAUCAGUAAUUAGAUGGUGAUCGUGACUGGGUGAUUGCUGAGAGUGAGUAGAAGGAGGGAUGAUGGGAAAUGAGUGUGACAGAGCUGGUGACCGUGACACUGUGUUUUUCUAUCCCGGUGGGGACUUCAGCCUGAAUGCACACUGAGCUCCCAUGAGGAAACAAGCUUAUAAAUCAUACAGAAUGAGUUUUUUUAUACUUAUAGUUACCUUAUAUAGGCACUUAAGGUUAAAGAUCAUGACAUCCUGCUAUUUUUUGUGUUCUCACUAGUUAAAAAGUCUUACAAAUCUGCCAAAUCAUGUUUCUAUUUAAAUCUAGUGUUAUGCACAGGUUUCUGUGUGGGUUAUGUUUAGUGAUGAGGCUUAGUCUGUUGAAGUGAGAGGUCUGUUUGUCAAGUUGAAACCCUUUUCAGGCUGUUUUUAGUCAUCCCAGUCUCAUCAGCUGAGGUUGAAAGAAGUUUCAGGACUUAUGAGAUUGAAAACAUGGCUCAGAACAACAGUGGCACAAGAUAUUCUCUCAAGUGUUACUCUUGUUCAUCUGCUUCGACGGGUUCCUGUAAAGCAACAGUGGAGACAUGUCCAGUUGGAUUUUCUGAAUGUGAAAGCAGUUUAUUUGAACAAUCAGCUGGUUCCACUAAGGUGUUCUUCACAACAAAAGGGUGUGCAAAUCAAUGUGAACCAGGGACCAAACAGAUAGCAAUUGGAGGGACAGUUUCAGUCCGCUGCUGUGACACUGACCUUUGCAAUGCAGCAGAUGGAGUGUUUAAGGGAAGCUUCCUCCUGCUCUUCUCUCCUCUGCUCUUCUACUUCCUGUUUCAGUGAGUCCAGAUUCAAGACUUCAGAUUCUACAGUGAAGACCAGCACAAAAACUGAAUAUGAGACACAAUUGAUGUAAUUUACUGAAUAAAGCUUGUUUGUUGCUCUGCUGUACUUUGGUUUAAGGAACUAAAAGUAUGUAUUUUAUUAAAUGAAUUUUAAACAAAAUACUGCAUCAGCACUAUAUGUAUGUAUACAUUUCUUAUGCAUAAAAUAAAAGUUAUUAUAGAAUGAAAUAAAGAAUUAAAGAAAAACAUUACAGUUUUAAAAAGAGUGUUCUAAACUGCUGUAAUAAAAUAUUUACCUGUAUGUCUUACACAUCUUUCUCAGUUAUUUCUCUGUAUAUUCUAUCCCCCUACACAACCCCUACCCCUAAACCUACACAUCACAGGAAACUGUCUGCAUUUUUUGAAUUUCAAAAACAAUAUAUGUACUGAGUUUGGUGACUGUAGGUAAAACUACCCCCACCCACACACAC